GGCAGCAGCGGCAGCAGCAUCCUCAUCUUUGCUUGUCGGGAUAAAUAGAUGGCUAAACUAAGCAAAGAGACCAAACAGCGGCUGCAGCAGCUGUUCCAGUGCGGCCAGUUUGUCAUCCGAUGGGGCUUUAUUCCAACCGUGCUGUACCUGGGUUUCAAACGAGGAGCAGAUCCAGGGAUGCCUGAACCCACAGUCUUGAGUUUGCUAUGGGGCUGAGGAACAUCGUCUCCAACUGUGCAAAUCCUUCCCCUCCUCAAGAGACCACGUGACCCACCUGUCAUUGGAAAUCCCGGAAAAUGACUUUAUUUUUCACCUUCUCCAUGAACGUCUGAGAAGUGAUGAAUGAAUGUUAUCUGUUGCCAUAUUGUUUAUGGCUGUACAUGUACGGCGAGUGUCGGCUGUGUGGAUGGAAGAUGUUUGGAUGAACAAGCUGGAAUCAAGGCUUUGUCGCUGAAAAUAUUUAUAUAUGGUUUGUGUGACACCAUGUUUGGAUAUAACACUUGAUCCAUGUUUUUUUUCUCUCGGUUAUAAUUUGCCUGAAAAUAAAUCGCCCAAAAAAUGUUA